AGGGCUUCCUCACUCCUGUCAGCCUAGAGUUCUGGCUUCCCAGGCAACAUGAAAGUGCUCCUGAUUCUGGGGAUGCUGCUUCUUUCCAGCACCAUCCAGGGCAAGGUCUUUGAGAGGUGUGAGCUGGCCAAAACUCUGAAAAAAUUUGGAAUGGAUGGCUACAAGGGAAUCAGCUUGCCGAACUGGAUGUGUUUGGCCAAAUGGGAGAGCAGUUAUAACACAAAGGCUACAAACUACAACCCUGGAGACAAAAGCACUGAUUACGGGAUAUUUCAGAUCAACAGCCGCUACUGGUGUAAUGAUGGGAAAACCCCGAAAUCAGUUAAUGCCUGCCGUAUUCCCUGCAGCGCUUUACUGCAAGAUGACAUCUCUCAAGCUGUAACCUGUGCGAAGAGGGUUGUCAGUGAUCCGCAAGGCAUCAGGGCAUGGGUGGCGUGGAGAAGCCAUUGUCAAAACCGAGAUCUCUCUGAGUAUACUCGGGGCUGUGGAGUGUAACUGGAAUUUUCUUCUUCUGCUCAUCUUGUCUCUUUCUCAGCUUCAGGGAGUGGUAAAGUCGCCAGCAUCAUUUCCCCUUCGAACAGUCUCACUGUUCCAGAGGCAAAGCAGCGCCUUUCUUCCAAGAGCCUGUUCACUAAUGUACUUGUUAUUUGACAUUAAAACUACAUAUUUCAGUUU